UUUGCGGCUGAAGGUAAAACCUGCUAAAACAAAAAAUCCGACACACUCGUCAGCUGCACUUAUUGGGAAACAAUAAGUGCAGGCUUUUCAUGUCGUUUUGUUCAUACCGGACAACGAAAAGGACUAUUGUGAGGACUCCUACUCUGCAUUCACAUCAGAAGAGCAAUUCCUCAGUCUCCCUCCACCAUCCUUGGUUGGAUCAUGGCGAUGGGCUUCUCCCCAGAGCAGGUGGCGUGUGUUUGUGAGGUUCUUCUCCAGAGUGGAAGCAUGGAUCGCUUGUCCUCUUUCUUGUGCUCUUUACCUUCUGUUUCCACCUCAUCCCACGUGUAUGUGUCCAUGGGCCAGAGUCAGGAGAGCGUGCUGAAGGCGAGGGCUGCGGUGGCCUUCCACCACUGCCGUUUCUCUGAGCUGUACGCCCUGUUGGAGGGGAACGUGUUCUCGUUGCGCAGUCACCCUCUCCUCCAACAGCUCUGGCUCCGCGCUCACUACAUGGAGGCUGAACUUCAGCGGGGACGCCCUCUUGGAGCCGUGGGGAAGUACCGCAUUCGUCGCAAGUUUCCUCUUCCACGCACCAUCUGGGAUGGAGAGGAGACCAGCUACUGCUUCAAGGAGAAGUCUCGCAGUGUGUUGAGAGAGUGGUACCGCAGAAAGCCUUACCCCUCGCCGAGAGAGAAGCGAGAUCUGGCCGCAGUCACUGGACUCACCGCCACACAAGUCAGCAACUGGUUCAAGAACCGGCGACAGCGGGACAGAGCAGCGACCAGCCGACAAGACAGAACAUCAUCGGGAGUGUUCCUGAGCUCGGAUGAGGAUCUCUCUCCUCCAGGAAGCCCCAGCUCACGGUUCUCCUGCUCCCAGCAGCUCUCUGCGCCCCCGCCUCCUCUCAGACACCUGGGACCAGCACACUACUGAACCAAUGCAGUGCACUACAGGGCAAAAGGCAAAGCUCGGUCAUUUAAAGGUGCUGUAAGUGUGUUUGCACAUACAUAAACUGUCUGAAAUAGGUGUCUUUAUAAACACAGCUAACUCUGUUAGCCGCUGUAAACUGUUGAGUCAGGGGAAUCUGCGGACUCUUUUUAGCCGUCCCAGACAGCAACAGAUCCGGCCCACAUCUGGGCCGUGUGGAAUCCAUGAGUACCAGAUGUGGGCCGACACUGUUGCUGUCUGGGGUCUCUAUGUGCUUGUGCUUUCUGAAGUAGUGGUGGUGGCACAGUGGAUAAGACACAUGCCUUUGGUGUGAGAGACCCGGGUUCGAAUCCACUGUGAGACACCAAUGUGUCC